AUGAAGAACAUAUCUUUCUCGUUUCUUAUUUCUCUGUUCCUCUAUCUAACAUUGUCCUCUGCCAGAACUUUGGGAAAGGAUGUCAACAAGCGAGUCACCGCGGGCUCGCUUCAACAAGUGACCAGCUUUGGAGACAAUGCCUCUGGGACCUUGAUGUAUAUCUAUGUCCCGAAUAAUUUGGCCACUAACCCUGGAAUUAUCGUCGCCAUUCAUUAUUGCACUGGCACCGCUGAGGCAUACUACACCGGGUCUCCCUACGCUCAGCUGGCGGAGCAGUAUGGCUUCAUUGUCAUCUACCCUGAAAGCCCCUACAGCGGGACCUGCUGGGAUGUCAGCUCUCAGUCUGCUCUGACCCAUAACGGCGGUGGGGACAGCAACUCCAUCGCCAACAUGGUGACCUGGACCAUCAGUGAAUACAAUGCAGACACCAGCAAAGUAUUCGUGACGGGAACCAGCUCUGGCGCCAUGAUGACGAACGUCAUGGCAGCCACGUAUCCCGAACUCUUCGCAGCAGCGACAGUCUACUCCGGCGUUAGCGCCGGCUGCUUCUACUCCUCCACCAACCAAGUCGACGCGUGGAACAGCAGCUGUGCCGAAGGCGACGUUAUCAGCACCCCCGCCGUCUGGGCCGGCAUCGCCGAAGACAUGUACCCCGGAUACUCUGGCUCACGACCUCGAAUGCAGAUCUACCACGGCAGCGCUGACACGGCUCUCUACCCGCAGAACUACUACGAGACCUGCAAGCAGUGGGCUGGCGUCUUCGGAUACAACUAUGACUCACCUGAGUCGACACUCGCCAAUACCCCGGAAACAAACUACCAAACCACCAAUUGGGGCGCUAAUCUCCAGGGUAUCUACGCGACGGGUGUUGGUCAUACGGUUCCCAUUCAUGGGACGCAGGAUAUGGAAUGGUUUGGCUUCUCGAGUAGCUCGUCAUCGUCCACUACGACCGCAUCGGCCACCAAGACCAGCACGACAACGACAAGUUCCACUUCGAGCACCUCGACUUCCACGGGCGUGGCGGCGCAUUGGGGACAGUGUGGAGGCUCUGGAUGGACAGGGCCGACUGUGUGUGCCACAGGUUAUACGUGCACUUACGCUAAUGAUUGGUAUUCCCAGUGCUUGUAA